ACAUUCUAGAACUUCUUUAACGGUAUAUAAGCAUCGUUUUAAACUGACCCAUUCAAAAGCGAAAAAUCAUUUUGUUCAAGGGACGUGAGUUUUUCCGGUGUUUUUCCUCAUUUUCAUGGCGUAUUCCAACAAAAGCGAUGAGUGUUGGCAUAUUGCUAACACUCCACUGACCUUCAGAGUGACACACAUCGAGUUUAUCGACGAGGAUACGUACCUGAUGAUGGCGCACCUGACACACGGUCAGUUCUCCUGGAACAUAAAAAGUGAACUGACCAUUAAAUGUAGUAGUUACAGGUAGGCCCAAUGGUGGAAGGAGGAAAUAUGGUGUCUGUCUCUACAAUGUGAUUUUCUCAAGACUUUGGCUGCUUCGUUCCCCCUAGACCCAACUCGGUUACCAAAUGGUACGUGAACGGGAGUGAGUAUUUUGCGGACCUGACGGACGCACUGGAGAAGGCGGAGGAGGAGAUCUUCAUCACUGAUUGGUGGUUAAGUCCCAAAAUUUUCCUCAAGGAGCGUCCAGCACAGAAUAACCAAUGGUUGACAAACGCAAAGCCGAGGCAGGUGUAAAGGUUUAUGUACUGUUGUACAAAGAGGUUCCAUUUACCGUCAGCACUGACAGCAAGUACAGUAAGAGAACCUUGAUGGACCUGCACAAUAACAUCAAGGUUAUGCGUCAUCCCAACCAUGUGACGUCCAGAGUCUUCCUGUGGUCCCACCAUGAAAAGUUGGUGGCUAUCGAUCAAUCGAAGGCCUUCAUGGGCGGGCUGGACCUUGCUUUCGGCAGAUGGGACGACAGUAAUUACAGGCUAACUGACGUCUUAGUAUCGGGCACAGAUAUUCAGGGUGCAUGUUCAGUUCCAAAGACUAAAAGGAAGGCUGUCACUGGCGGAGCGGAUGAUAAAAACACACUGUUGUGGUUAGGAAAGGACUACAACAACUUCUUCAUGAAGGACUGGACACAGAUAGACAAACCUUUUGAAGAUAUCGUGGACCGGACGAUGGUGCCGCGCAUCCCUUGGCGUGACCUUGGAGCCGUGGUCCAUGGGAAGGCAGCCAGCGACCUCUCGCGCCACUUUAUUCAGCGCUGGAAUUUCACUAAGAACUCUAAGAUGAAGUCUAAAGCCACAAUUUACCCGUACCUGCUGCCGAAGAGUCACAGUACUGCCGCUUUCUCCGAUUCCGAUAAGCCUUCCAACAAGCCUGAAGAGGACAAAGCAACUGUGCAGAUGCUUCGCUCCGUGGGUUUGUGGUCAGCUGGGACAUCCGAAUGUUCUAUACAAAAGGCAUACAUAGAAACCAUCAAGAACAUCCAGCACUACGUAUAUAUUGAGGUAAUACACACACACACACAUCCCCAGGUGCUUCGCUCCAUGUAUUCGUGGUCAGCUGGGACAUCCGAAUGUUCUAUACAAAAGGGGUAUGUAGAAACCAUCACGAACAGCCAGCACUACAUUUAUAUAAAGGUAAUACACACACACACACAUCAGCAGGUGCUUCACCGGCCGGGACACAUGAAGUAACACUCACACUCACAGGAAUUUCAUGUGAAACCACUUGCUGUAAAAAAGUAAUACUUCUCUAUGCAUUCUCUUGCCAAUAC